AUGUCUGAUCCCGCACUCGAUACGUACCAGACUCCGUGAGUGUCAUCUGAGCUUGGUAUCUGUCCCGCCCAUCAAUCAUCGAGUCUCUGGCCCAUCAACCCUCCUGUUCCACGACUUACUCCUCCUCGAUUGUUCGCCCCGAACGAGCAGUCUCUCGAGCCGAUAUGCCUCCAAGGAGAUGGCCAAGCUGUUCUCAGCGUCCGUGAGUCCAAACCGUACAGCUGUUGCGCGGAACGCUUCCCCCACUGACACGCUAUCUGCGCUCGCCGUCCUUCUCGCCUUCGCAAAGACCCGCUUCGGAACCUGGCGCAAGUUGUGGCUCACCCUCGCCACGGCGGAGAAGCAGCUCGGUCUCAACAUCCCCGACAAGGCUAUUGAGGAGAUGAAGGCACACUUGGUACGGACGACUCCAGCCACAAGCUAGCUCAGCAAGAGACAGAUUGGUCCCAGAGCUGGGCUCACAGCUCCGGCCUGAAAGGAGAGGCUGGCCCAUUCAGGCGAGGGGAACUAGGGCUGAUUCUUGUAUGUUUGCCACCACCAGGACCUCGAUGCGGCUCAGAUGCAAGAAGCCGCCGUGGAGGAGAAGAAGCGCCGCCACGACGUCAUGGCCCACGUCCAUGUCUUUGGUCUCCACUGCCCGACCGCGGCCCCCAUCAUCCAUCUCGGCGCAACGUCGUGCUACGUCACCGACAACGCCGACCUCAUCUUCCUCCGCGACGCGUGCGACAUCAUUCUCCCCAAGCUCGCUGUCGUUAUCCAGCGCCUCAGCAAGUUCGCCGAGGAGCAGAAGAACACGGCCACGCUCGGAUGGACUCACUUCCAACCCGCUCAGUUGACGACCGUCGGCAAGCGAGCCACAUUAUGGAUCCAGGUCGGUUGCAUUGCAUCCAUUUAUAUGGUUCUGAGCCUGUACUUAUACCCAUGAGCUCAAACAGGAGCUUCUUUGGGACUUGAGGAACAUUCAACGCGCACGAGACGACAUUGGCUUCCGAGGCGUCAAGGGUACCACCGGUACACAAGCUUCUUUCCUCGCCCUCUUCAACGGCGAUCACGACAAGGUGAGAUAUUUUUUUUGUGAUGAUUGAGUGUGACCUUGUUAGCGAUACCAGUGCUCAUCUUCCUUCUUCUACUCGUUGCUUAGGUCGAAGAACUGGACGCGCUCGUCACAAAGCUGUCCGGCUUCGGGACCGCAUACCCCGUCACAGGCCAGACUUAUUCGCGAAAAGUCGACAUCGACGUUCUUGCUCCCCUCGCUUCCUUUGGUGCGACCGCACACAAGAUCGCUACCGACAUCCGUCUGCUCGCCAACCUCAAGGAGGUCGAGGAGCCCUUCGAGAAGGACCAGAUCGGUUCGUCGGCGAUGGCGUACAAGCGCAACCCGAUGCGCAGCGAGCGUGUAUGCUCGCUCGCCCGUCAUUUGAUGGUCAUCCACCAAAACACGCUCAUGACAGCGAGUGUGCAAUGGUUCGAGCGCACCCUCGACGACUCGGCCAACCGUCGUGUCACCAUCCCCGAGGCUUUCCUUACCGCUGACAUCAUCCUGACGACUCUCCAAAACGUACGUCAACCUGAAGCAAAGCUGAAUGAUCCACACGAGACUGACUAUCGGGUACCAUCUCAUAGAUUUCCGAAGGACUUGUUGUCUACCCCGCCAUCGUCGCCCGUCGCGUGCGACAAGAGUUGCCUUUCAUGGCGACCGAGAACAUUAUCAUGGCGAUCGUCAAGAAGGGCGGCGACCGACAAGAAUGCCACGAGCAAAUCCGCGUUCUCUCGCACGAAGCCGGAGCCGUCGUCAAGCAACAAGGUGGCGAGAACGACUUGAUCGAACGAGUUCGAGCGAACAAGUUCUUUGAACCCGUUUGGGAAGAAUUGGAUACGCUUAUGGACCCCGCGACGUUCGUUGGAAGGGCACCACAACAGGUCGAUAGAUUCUUGAAGGAUCAUGUCGAGCCGGCUUUGGCACCUUUCGCUGAAGCGCUCAAGUCGAGCGUCUCGGCCGAGUUGUCUGUGUAG